AUGGGAUGUAUUAUGAGCCAAGAAGAUGAGGCAGCAAAGCGCAGAUCAAAAAAGAUUGAUAGAUUGCUGAGGGAAGAUGCAGAAAGUUCGAAUCGUACUGUCAAAUUGUUGCUUCUUGGAGCUGGUGAAUCGGGAAAGUCGACGAUAUUGAAGCAGAUGCGUAUCAUUCACGAUGUUGGAUACACGACUGAAGAAAGAAAAGUGUUCCGUGGUGUUGUGUAUGGAAAUAUCAUAUUGUCCCUCAACGCUAUCAUUCGCGCCAUGGAACAGCUUCAAAUCAGUUUUGCCACUAUGGAUCAUGAAUCCGACGCCCGAAAACUUUUGAUGUUCAGUACGACUGGAGAAGAAGAUGAACUGCCGGAAGAACUUGUCGUAUUAAUGAAAAGUGUGUGGUCAGAUGAGGGAAUCCAGAAGGCGUUGGAAAGAUCCCGGGAAUAUCAGCUCAACGAUUCAGCUGGCUAUUAUCUGAGCCAACUUGACAGAAUUUGUGCUCCCAAUUAUAUUCCAACGCAGGAUGACAUUCUUCGAACAAGAAUCAAAACUACGGGAAUCGUGGAAACACAAUUUGUGUACAAAGAUCGUCUUUUCCUAGUGUUUGAUGUCGGAGGACAACGGUCGGAAAGAAAAAAGUGGAUUCAUUGCUUCGAAGAUGUCACCGCUCUGAUUUUCUGCGUUGCACUGUCAGAAUACGAUAUGGUGUUGGUGGAGGAUUGUCAGACGAAUCGCAUGCGAGAAUCACUGAAAUUAUUCGAUUCGAUUUGCAACAACAAAUGGUUCACCGAAACGUCAAUCAUUCUUUUCUUGAAUAAAAAGGAUCUUUUCGAGGAGAAAAUUCAGAAAUCUCCACUGACGCAUUGUUUCCCAGAAUAUACUGGAGCAAAUAAUUACGAAGAAGCAUCUGCUUAUAUUCAACAGCAAUUCGAAGAAGUUAACAAGAGGACAGCCGGACAAAAGAAUCAGGAAAUCUACACUCAAUUCACAUGUGCCACCGACACGAACAACAUUCGAUUCGUUUUUGACGCCGUCACUGACAUCAUUAUUCGAGAUAACCUUCGUACUUGUGGACUCUACUAA